AUGUUCGGGUCGAGGCAAUCGGCUGAUUAUAUCCAGCCCAUAUCGCAGACCAGCUCUUCCCAAAAGCCUACGCUCUUCCUCAACGGAGACGUCCUACGAAAUAUUGCGGAUCAUGCCGAGCUCCCCUCCGCGCUCAGCUUUGUCCGCGCUUGUCGCUCCUCUGAAGCUGCCGCCCGUCCUCGGAUCUGGCGAGACGUCGACCUGACCCUUCCCUUUCUUCCUUUGGGUCAAUACAACCUCAGCACCCCUCAGGCGGAACGGGAACCCUCCGCGGACGCGGAGGAGACCCGCCGGAAGUAUAGGGCGAUUUUGGACAAGGCGGCGGCAGGGUUGUUGGUCGUGAGAUGGGGUCAAGGAGGCGGUAGUCAGGGAAUUGCUACAGGCGGUGGCGGAGAAUGUCCAAUCGAUCGUGGUUUCAUACCAAGCCCCAUUGGAUCGCUGCCCCCGCCACUUCGACGUCCACUCCACUCAUUCGCCGCUACCAGAAUUGACAGUAGCCUGUCCUCCUUCUCCGACAUCAUACUCGCUGGGCCGGGGCUUCCCACAUUCGCCAAUCUCACCGUCCUCGUCCUUACCACUCUUGACCUCACCAUCAAACUCCCUCCCAUGUAUUCCGGCGCGGCUCCUCCGUCCCCGGAACGUCUCGCCAAGGAAACCAAUCUCCGCCGACUGCGGCUCAUCAUCGAAGAGGCGCGUGAGCGCCUAUCCUUUGGGCAGACGUUGGUCGAACCAUCCUACAACCCACUCGUGGACCCUCUCGAGACGGUCAUCUCCCUGCUGCGUCCAAGUCCGCAUCUCUCCCAUCUCAGCUUGGGGUAUAUUGAAGACAAUGCGCUACACUGGCGCAACCGGGCCGACGCUGAUACUAUCGACGUUGCGCCGAGCAUCGGGGGCCUAAACUUCCAGAUCAAUCACUACGGUUUCGCUUCUUGGCUACGGCUCCACCCUCGCAUCUCGCGGAUCUACUAUAUCGUCGGCAUCCCUUAUAAAGACAAUCUACAAGUCUUUGACACCCUCGACGCAGUCCUCCCGAUGACUACCCCUACAAUCAAGAUCAGAUCUUACUGUCACGGCGGAGAAGAUUGCUUCCAAAUCACCGUCCUCGUCAAAACGGUCCCUCCCCCAUCCCGCCCUUUCGGCCAAGCGGUCAAUUCCCCAUCCCGCCCGAACGCGACAACUCCCGUGGAUAUCCUCUAUACCGCCGGGUGCCCGACUGCCCGGGAUGUCUCACCGCUGGUCACGCACGAGCGCACCUUCUACGCGCUCCCGACGGAUCCUUUGGAAGCAGACUCGGCGGUCCCGCCCGAUGUGCUGGAGAAGAUGAGGGAGGUGGAAGGGGCGAGCAAGGAGGAAUGGGACAAGCGGGGAGUGGAAGUCGGAGAUGAGGCGUGGGAGGUGUUGAUGGCUAGCAGAAGGGCAUGA